AUUUCUAUUAAACACUAUUACAAUCAAAUUAAUUAAGGGCUAAAAUUAUAGCAGAAUGAGAAAAGAAACUUGGCCAAAAUUAGUAACUUUAUAUUGAACUUCGCUGAAAUCUGCUCUGCGGCAACUAGAUGGCAGAAGACACUGUUCAACACUUUUCCUUUCUCGCCUGAAUCCCUAGAAGAGGCUGCACUGUACUUUGUCCCCACCUAGUGGUAAGGCUGAAGAAUGUAAAGACUAUUCAAAAGUUUUUUUCUUGUACUGUGUUCAGCUACCACAACAUGGCAGUAAAUAGUUUUCUAUGUAACCCAAUAUAUUAUACCGUAUAGGAGACCGAUCGUAGGAACGAGCCCCGGCAGGAGAUGACAUUUAGGAAUGAGAGUGAAAAGACCAAUUAAUCAAAGUAACAUCAAUGAACUUAAUAGAACUAAAUAGGAUGAUUGACGCUACAAAGAGAACAUGUGGAUGUAAUUAAUUAAGAGUUCGUUAGUAUCUAAUUUCAUGGGUAAAUAUAAGUCAAUGACGAUGUACGAUGAGAAUGAACGGAGACAAUAUGUGAGAGAUCAGAAUGGACAUAGAAUGGUGACUGCAGUGUAAUUAUAUAUAAUAUAUACAGUCCCAGCCAUUACACACCGCAGUCUCCGUACAGAUAUAAAACAAGAAACAGAACAUGUGGACACUAAAGAGUUAACACUGUACGGAGCUAUAGUCCUGAUACAUAGUAUCGAUUGGCUGAUACCGGAGCUUUGGUGAUUUCUCUCCUCUUCCUCUAUAUAAGAACAGGAGAUGUCAGGACGGGCCCUGGUGAUUAUUCCCGGUCACUGUAUACGGAGAGUGCCGGCAUCCGCAGCCUGAGAAUGAGCCGCCUGAACGUGAGAUCACAUAACACGGGACAAUUGUCUUCUCUCCCAGAGCGAAGAAUUACAGGGUGAGCGGGAAAUUCAAAAUCACCAACGAUUCUGUGUUCAGCCAAUCAAAAGAGAAGGGGAGGGGCCGGUAAUGUAAAUUCAGUAAAAGGAAACGCCCAUGUGGACGUCAUCUUGUUAAAGUUCUCCUUCUGGUCCGCACAUGUGCUAUAUAAGCUAGGACUCCGCGCCUCAAACUUUAUUCAUUCAAUUCUCAACCAGCAGGAUGUCGGGACGCGGCAAAGGAGGAAAAGGUCUCGGUAAGGGCGGAGCCAAGCGGCACAGGAAGGUGCUCCGUGAUAACAUCCAGGGCAUCACUAAGCCUGCAAUCCGCCGUCUAGCUCGCAGGGGAGGUGUGAAGCGUAUCUCCGGCCUCAUCUAUGAAGAGACUCGCGGUGUCCUGAAGGUUUUCCUGGAGAACGUCAUCCGUGACGCCGUCACCUACACCGAGCACGCCAAGAGGAAGACCGUCACCGCUAUGGACGUCGUGUACGCCCUCAAGCGCCAGGGCCGCACUCUUUACGGCUUCGGAGGUUAAUUCUGCUUCUACUCGGCUCCAUCUCAUCAA